AUGAACGCACUGCUUAUCACAGUUUUGGCCACCUUGUCACUCGCCUCCGGCUCCGGUAUCCAUGGUGGAGUUAUCCUAAAAGGACCAUCCGGCAUUGUGACCUCAGCCGGUCCAAUCGGACCUGAAGGUCCUGCCGGAAUUGGCGGAGUUGUAGGCCGUGCCAUUAUAGCUCCUGCAGCCGCCGCUAUUGCUGCUCCUGCUCUUGCCGCACCACUUGCCAUUGCUGCCCCUGCCGCUAUUGCUGCUCCUGCUAUCGCUGCGCCACUUGCCAUUGCUGCUCCCGCCGCUAUCGGUGUUCCCGCUCUGUCUGCCGGUGCUGUAUGGGGUGCCCCCGUUCAAGCUGGUGGCAUCGCUGCUGGUGCCGUACAAGCUGGAAGUGUCCUCGCUGGAAGAGUACAAGCUGGAAGUGUCCUCGCUGGAAGAGUACAAGCUGGAAGUGUCCUCGCUGGAGGAGUUCAAGCCGGAAGUAUCCUUGCUGGAGGAGUUCAGGCUGGUAGUAUCGCAGCCGGACCAGUACAAGCAGGUUCAAUUACCACAGGAGGUGUUUCCGCCGGAUCCAUCACUGCAACUGGGCUUGUAGCUGCCCCCGUUGCCGUUGCCGCCCCUGUAGCAAUUGCCGCUCCAGCUAUCGCCGCCCCAGCUAUCGCUGCUCCUGUUGCCGUAGGCUUAGGAGCCGGUGUGAUUACCAACGGAGGUGGCACUAUUGGAGUAAGUGGUCAUGGAGCUGUCGUCAGAGGACCACCUACUGUUCCAGUAGCUGUGGCUGGACCCGCCGGCAAGAUAGCCGCUGAUGGUCUUUGGGGACCAACUUUGGCUGUUGGGGGAAAAGGAUGGUAAAUAACUACAGGCAUGUUUCGUUCUGCUUUUUCCGUCCGACAACAUUUGAUCUACGAGUCAUUAAAUAAUUUAUUUUAGUCUAUGUGUGUAAAUAUGCAAAUUUUUAUUGUAAUUUACUUUUUUAGUUUGAAUGUGUAUAAAUA